GCCUUUGCCGCGAUUUCCUUUCGUUAUUUUGUGGGAAAGGGUGGUGGCAAUCCUAUCUCUUCUUAAAGAGCUGCAGAGAGGGGAAGAUCCUGUUGGAACCUAAGGGACAAAUACAAAGAAAGCACAGGAUAAGGGGUGCGGGGAGAUAGGGACGGGUAUUGUUCUUACUUGAAUGAGAGGAAAUAGUCUAGAGCUACUGACUAAGAGAUGACGGUUAGACUUAAAAGUAGGAGCUCUUUGAAGAGGCUAGUAUAGGAAACAUGCAAUACACUAUCGCUAAUGAAGCCUUCAUCUGUAAUGACAAGAGAAUCAGAAGCAAAAGGAGCCUGGAGAGCAAUGUUAGGAAGGAGGUUAGGGGGGAUUCAGAGUUAAAAUUGUUUGUAAAAAGCAAUUAGACAGAUGGGGUUGAAGGAAAAUGACAGGCCUCCCCACCCCAGUCACUCAGUUCUUUUAUGUCAUACUCCCUCUAUUUAUUUUCUGAAAAUGAACCUCAGUGGUGUCUGUUCCUCAGGCUGGGGGAAGCAGUAAGGGUUUUGUAUUAGAGUGACAGAAAGUCAAAGUAGGAGAGGAGGGUAUUGUAACCGAUUUUGGAUGGGGGUGGGGUUAGCCUUUAGGGAGAAUGUUUAGGCAAAACAGUACCAGAAUGGGAAAGUGAGGGAAUCUGGAAUAUUGUUUUUGAGAGAGUAAUCCAAGUACCAAAAACCAUAAAAUUGUUCAAAGAGAACCAGGCUUCCUUUCCUCUUUCCUUCCUGAAGUGAUUUAUGGUUUAAUGCAUAUAUGUACAUCCACAUAAGUGUUUUACAUUUUUUCCAGGAAAUUCUGGAGAGGAGUUGAAGGAAUAGAUUGUAUAGAUUUACAUGGAAAGUCGCCAAGCAAAUCCUCCCCCAAUAAGGUCCAGAGGGUGGGAGCAUCCUGGCCACUGCUCAAGACUCCAGCGUGUCUUGCUUCUGAGUGUAGAAGGCUGAAUCAGGGAAAGAGAUAGGGUUAAGACAACUCUUCUCAUCUCUCCUUUGGGCUGUUACCACAGCAUCUUCUGACUGUCUCAUUCAUUCAUGGUUCCACUGAGGUUUGCAUAGUGCCUGCCUGGCUCAUAGGAGAUGUUGAAUAGAUAUUUAUUAACCCCUUUUUUAAAAAAAGUAACCGUAUUCUUUUCUUAUUCCCUUGUGUGUGUACCCUGAACUGCCUAUCAAACUAGGCCCAGCACACUGACUAGAAUAUGUUACUAAAUGUUUCUGAAUUGAAUUGAAUGAAAGUGGGAAAUAUAAAAGCAGAGAGAGAAGGAUAGAUGAACUCUACCCCUGUAGGCUGUAAUGAAGGGAACACACCAAGAGACUGAAAGUACCAGAAGGGGUGUGGCAUCUACAGAAGGGAAAGGGACUAUCGGCUUCCUCUCUUCCUCCAUCCUGUGUCCAGAAAGUUGAGAAAGAAGUGAGGUGAGUGCAGAAUCCAGAAUGAAUGUCUUCUUUGUAGCCAUCCUUGCUGUGCCGCUUAUCCUGGGACAAGAAUAUGAGGAUGAAAAAGGACUGGAAGAAGAUGAUUAUUAUCAGGUGGUCUAUUAUUACACAAUCACCCCCAAUUAUGAUGACUUUGGUGCAAAUUUCACUGUUGAUUACUCCAUAUUUGAGUCAGAGGACAGGCUGAACAGCUUGGAUAAGGAUAAGGAACCAGCAGAAACUACCAUUAGUCAUGAAACAGAACACACAGACCAUCAGAAGCCUAUUGCAGUGAAACCAGUGACAACAGAACCACAGAGUCCAGAUCUGAAUGAUGCUGUAUCCAGUCUGCAGAGUCCUGUUCCCCUCCUCCUGUCCUGGGCCCUCGUUCAGGGGGGGAUGUAUUUCAUGUAGAAGGAGAGAGAAGGCUGCUACGACUCUUUGGAUGGGGAUUUGGGAAGAGGAAAUUGGAAGAUAAAACAAAUAAAGGAAACAAUCUGGUUACUCUU